AUGAAGCCCUCAACCCUGUCCGCCGUCUUCUCCUGCGCUGCUGUCGCAACAGCGGCCGCUAUUACCAACGAGACAUCCCCGGAACCCGCCAUCCCCAACGUCGUGCCUUCGGUCUGGGACGGGCAAUGUUUCUAUCCUACACCGGACGCUGCUUUCGAUCUCGAGUCCUAUCUUGGACGAUGGUACCAGGUCGCUGGCACCGUCGCGCCGUUCACCGCCGGCUGCAAGUGCAUUUUCGCGCAGUACUCUCUUAAUGACAACGGCACGGUGCAGGUAAACAACACUUGCCAGGCCGGAGACCGCCCGAUCAACAUUCUCGGCAACGCCGCACCUGCGGACCCGUCCUACGGAGCCAAGGGUGUUUUGCGCGUGCAGUUCCCCGGCCAGCCCGGGCCCGCCUGCGCCGGACCAAACUACAUUGUCCAAGAUUACACGCCCGACUUCGCGCUCGUCCAAGCCUACAACUUCAGCACGUUGUUUGUGCUCAGUCGCCAGCAGAACCCCGAGGACGAGGUUCUCGAUGCCUGGAUCGCCCGCGCCGGCCAGCUCGGCUCUAACCUCGACGACGUUGUCAAGACCGACCAGACCGGUUGCCUGUUCACCUGA